AUGGUUUUUGCUGUAGAAGAGAUCAAUGAAAAUCCCAGCAUCUUGCUUAAUGUCACUCUUGGAUUCCACAUCUAUGACAGCAGUUCCAUUGCAAGGAAUACCUACCAGGCCACAUUGGGCCUGCUCUGCAAUUCACUCCAGUUCUUCCCGAACUAUAACUGUGGAAUCCAGAAAAAGCUUACGGCCGUCAUCGGAGGACUUAGCUCUGCUACAACCGCACACAUGGCAAAGGUCUUGAGCCUUUACAAGAUCCCCCAGAGGAUCUCAUUCAACAACAGUGCUGGAGAUGAAAUCAGAUUUAAUGAACGUGGAGAAUUAGAAGCUGGUUUUGAUGUUACCAACUUGAUCACUUUCCCAAAUCAAUCCUAUGUCAAGAUCAAAGUAGGACGUCUGGAUCCUCAGGCUGCUCCAGAGAAAGUGUUGACCAUUGAUGAGGAAAAAAUCCAGUGGCAUGGAGAAUUCACCAAACUGGUGAAAACAAAAUACCAUUUUCUCCAGUCAUUUGUUGUUUAUGGACAGGUGCCCCCCAUCUCAUUGUGCAAUGACUGCUGCCAGCCUGGCUAUCAGAAGAUCACAAAGGAGGGUGCGCCAUCUUGCUGCUACACCUGUUCUCCAUGCCAAGAAGGGAAGAUUUCAGCUCUGGAGGACACGGACUCGUGUUUCCAGUGCUCUGAAGAUCAGCAUCCAAAUGAGGCUCAAAAUCAAUGCAUCCCUAAGGUUGUAAGUUUCCUCUCUUACGAAGAACCUUUGGGGAUCAGCGUGGCUUUGUUUGCCAUCUCUUUUUCCCUGGUAACUUCCUUAGUGUUGGGAACUUUUAUUAAACACCGGGACACGCCCAUUGUCAAAGCCAAUAACCGGAGCCUCAGCUACACUCUCCUCGUCUCCCUCCUGCUCUGUUUCCUCUGUCCGCUGCUGUUCAUUGGCCAACCUGGGAAAGUGAUUUGCAUGCUCAGGCAAACAUCAUUCAGCAUCACCUUCUCUGUGGCUGUUUCGUCCGUCUUGGCCAAAACCAUGACAGUGCUUCUGGCCUUCUUGGCCACUAAGCCAGGUUCCAGGAUGAGCAAAUGGGUGGGGAAAAGGCUAGCAACUUCCAUUGUUCUUUGUUGCUCCCUUGUUCAAGUUGGCAUUUCGACAGCAUGGCUGGGAUCGGCUCCCCCCUUCCCAGAUUUUGACAUGCACUCAUUGGCAGGUGAGGUCAUAGUGGAAUGUAAUGAAGGCUAUGCCACCUUCUUCUACUGUCUACUGGCCUUUAUGGGUUUGCUAGCUGUCGUCAGCUUCGCUUUGGCUUUCCUAGCCAGGAAGCUUCCAGAUGCUUUCAACGAAGCCAAGUUUAUCACCUUCAGCAUGUUGGUUUUCUGCAGUGUUUGGGUAUCCUUCGUUCCAACCUACCUGAGCACUAAGGGGAAAUACAUGGUGGCAGUAGAGAUCUUCUCCAUUUUGGCCUCUGGGGCUGGACUGCUGAGCUGUAUCUUUUUCCCCAAAUGCUUUGUCAUUAUGAUGAGGCCUGAGCUGAACAAUAGAGAACAGUUAAUAAAGAGAAAUAAAUAUAUGACCUGAAGUGCCACCUGUCUCUUGUCAUGUCUUCACACGGAAAGAAGCAUGAUGCAAAAACACUGCAG